CAACGCCAAUUGGAUGUUUCACAACCAGAAGAUUUAACUGCUUCACAUGAUUACAAUUUACCUCGGCCAAAUUAUUUUGAAAGACAACAAAGUGAAUCAUGUGCAAGUACUAUUAAUAAUAGUAGUUAUCAAACGGAUGAUUCUGAUGAUCAUCGCAGAUCACAACUUAUGACAACCGCUAAUUAUUU